AUGUUCGGCUCUGGUAAAGCAGCCUCGGACAAUGGUAGCAGCAAGGACGAGAUAGUCCUGCUGCCAGUCCAAGCAAAGUCCGGCAUCCUCCGUGUCACCGAGAUCGAGACAAAAGUACACGAUCCAAACCAACACACCAACCCUCCCAUCCCAGACCCGACGUUUGACCUACCAGACAAUCACCCUAACAAGAAUGCCAUCGAGGUACUAUGGCUUCCCCGUGGGUCGCACAGCUCCGACGACACGGGCGAGAAGGUCCGUCGCGCGCUGAAUAAUGAGAAGGAGAUGACCAUCUUUGGAUGCUGCAAGCAAUUCCCCAAAGCAAUCUUCUGGUCGCUGCUGCUGUUCCUCACUGUUGUCAUGGAGGGGUACGAUAAGAGUCUUGUCGCUGGAUUUGUCGCAUUUCCUGCAUUUCGACGACGCUAUGGAGAGGAGUUUGAUACGCCGAAUGGACCGAUUUAUGAGAUCUCGCCGCUAUGGCAGACGGCGCUUCAGGUCUCGGCUAUUGCGUGUGAGGUCCUUGGUCUCUUGCUUCAUGGUUGGGUUACGUACAGCAUUGGAUAUAAGAAGAUGAUGUUGAUUAGUCUUGCUUGGAUGUGUCUUGCUGUCUUCCCGGCGUUUUUUGCUCACGACAUCGGCGUGUUGGUGGCUUCUCAGGCUCUUUGUGGUAUCUCAUGGGGUGUCAUCCAAACACUCGCAGCUACAUACGCCGCCGAGGUUGUCCCCUCAGCCAUCCGUGCCUGUCUUCUCAGCAUGACCAACAUGUGCUGGGUCAUCGGCCAACUUCUCGGUACCGGUAUCCUCAAGUCUCUCGUCCACAACAACUCAGAGUGGUCUUACCGUAUCCCCUUUGCCCUUCAAUGGGCCUUCGCCAUCCCUCUCCUCAUCGGCAUUAUCUUUGCCCCCGAAAGUCCAUGGUGGCUCAUCCGUCGUGAGCGCAAGGUCGAAGCGCGCCAUGCUCUGCAGCGCUUGACCAAGCAGUCUCAGCUCGAUAUCGACGACACCAUUGCUGUCAUGGAGCAUACUAACCGUAUUGAACGUAAGCUCAACUACGGCGGUUCAAGCUAUCUUGACUUGUUCAAGGGCGCCAACCUUCGACGAACUGAGAUUUGCUGCAUGGUUUGGUCUGUCCAGGCUCUGUGCGGUUGGAUUUUGACUGGUUACGCUCCUUACUUCCUUGAGCAGGCCGGCUUCGACUCGUCCAAAUCCUUCAGUCUGUCCACUGGCAUGUAUGGUAUGGCCUUGGUUGGAGGCAUGAUCUCUUGGUUCCUUCUAUCUCAUAUCGGCCGUCGCAAGCUGUACCUCACUGGCCUUGCCGCUGCUGUCUUUAUGCUUACACUUGGUGGUAUUCUCUCAGUCGUUCUUGAUGGUCAAAAGGGUCUCAACUGGUCCCUCGGUGCCAUUCUCAUCACAACAACCUUCUUAUAUAACCUGAGCAUCGGCCCAACAUGCUAUGUCAUCGUCGCCGAGAUCCCUUCUACCCGUCUUCGUGUUAAGACUAUCGCUUUGGCUCGUGUUGUCUACAACAUCUUCAUGAUCGUCAACAACGUCAUCGUUCCUCAGAUGCUUAACCCUACCGCUUGGAACAUGCAAGGAAAAUCAUGCUUCGUCUACGCUGGUACAUCUCUCCUUUGUCUCGUCUACUGUUACUUCCGUCUACCUGAGACCAAGGGUCUAUCGUACCUUGAGUUGGAUAUGUUGUUUGAGAAGGGGGCGCCUACCGCCAAGUUCAAGGAGUUGCAGCAGAGACUUGCGAACUCUGCAUACUUAACAGUUGACAGGGCGGAGCGCAUGAGGAAUGCUUGGCACGGUUGGCUCACAUAUUCAUAA